AUGGCGACCAACCACUCUGGGGAAUGCGAGUCCCCAUUUGCUUCAAACACAGAACAAAUUCCUGCAAAUUCUGUUUCUUCUCAUGAUCGUCCAUCUUCGCCAGUUGACUCGUGUGUACCCGAAGAAUUCGCGCCAAUCCGCACCAACCCAUCAUACUCCCAGGAAUAUCCCGCAGGGGCAAAGUUGGAUGAUGAUGAUGAUGAUAUCGCACGUACUGCAUCUCGCCGACGCAGCUAUGCCUCCGGUUAUGAUCCAAAAGGAGAGGAAUGGGCUCAAAUAGAGAAACUGAUCUCACGGAUGUUCGGUUCUGAGCGCAAAGCAAAUUCCGAAGAAGAGAAAACCCGUCAUAUUGGAGUUGUCUGGAAAAAUCUCACCGUGAAGGGUGUUGGCCUUGGUGCUGCUCUCCAACCCACCAACGGGGAUAUUUUUCUCGGGUUGCCGCGGCUGAUCAAGCAACUAUUCACUCGGGGCAGCCAAGGGGUUGGGACGGGAAAAACCUCGAUACGAACCAUCUUAGAUGAUUUUACUGUAAGUCGAUUCCUCAUCGCCAGAAGUCAGCUUGACUCACCCUUAGAUAAGGGCUGUGUUCGUCCGGGGGAGAUGCUUCUUGUUCUAGGCCGCCCUGGCUCUGGCUGUUCCACUUUCUUGAAAGUGCUUGGUAAUCAACGAGCGGGCUACGAAAGCAUUGAAGGCGAUGUGCGGUACGGCGGCACCGAUUCGAAGAAGAUGGCAAAGCAGUAUAGGUCUGAAGUCUUGUACAACCCCGAGGAUGAUCUUCAUUAUGCAACUUUGACUGUGCGAGAUACACUUCUUUUUGCCCUGAAAUCCCGAACUCCAGGUAAAGCCUCAAGGAUUCCGGGAGAAAGCCGAAAGGAAUAUCAGGAGACCUUCCUGUCCGCUAUUGCUAAGCUGUUCUGGAUUGAACAUGCCUUGGGAACCAGAGUUGGCAACGAAUUGAUACGUGGAGUUUCUGGGGGCGAGAAGAAAAGAACGUCCAUUGCUGAGGCUAUGGUUACCAAGGCUAGCACUCAGUGCUGGGACAACUCUACCAAGGGCCUGGACGCUAGUACGGCACUGGAGUAUGUUCAAAGCUUGCGAAGUCUAACAAACACCGCCAACGUUUCAACGGUGGUAGCUCUUUACCAGGCUUCGGAGAAUUUGUUUGAUCUUUUUGACAAGGUGAUUCUGAUUGAUGACGGAAGAUGCUCGUUCUUCGGACCUAGCCAGGAUGCGAAAACCUACUUCGAAGGACUCGGCUUUGAAUGUCCCCCGCGUUGGACAACCCCCGACUUUUUGACUUCGGUCAGUGACCCUCAUGCCAGACGUGUCAAAGAAGGCUGGGAUGACCGAAUCCCUCGGAAUGCAGCUGAAUUCCAAGCUGCAUAUCGCAAUAGUGAUACUUACCAAGGCAAUUUGGCGGACAUUGAAAGCUUUGAGAGCGAGAUUGAAGCACAAAGGCAGGAAAGAGAGGCUGCAAGAAGCACCACAAAACGGAAAAACUUCACGAUCUCAUUUUACAAACAGGUCAUGAUUCUCACACAUCGUCAAUUUCUGGUGAUGUUUGGUGAUAGAGAAUCAUUGAUUGGAAAAUGGAGUGUGAUAACUUUUCAAGCCCUCAUCAUUGGCAGCUUGUUUUACAAUCUACCAGAUACAAGGUGA